AUGCGAGGUUUCUCAUCUUUGGCUGCUGUAGCAGCUGCUGUGAAUGUUGCAUCAGGUCAUGUUGUACCUCUGCAUUCGAUGCGCGCAUCUGCAUCCCAGGCGCCGAUAUCAGCCGCUGCUGAAGGUCCUCCGAAUAAUGACGUUCCGUUUAACUGGGCUCUUGCCUCUUCGUUGGCUGGAAUUACUGGCCCGCAACCGAGUGCUACUGUUCAUGAGUACGUGAUAAAUACACCUUUAUCAUUCGCGAAGAGUUCGCCCAUUGCCACAUCCUCCUCAACCACAAACGGCAUUUCAUCAGAUGCUACGCAUUUGUUGUCGACUAAAAACCAGGCUUCGUCAGCAUUAGCCAAGGCUACAUCGGUGACCAAACAAAUCACCUCGGCAGAAACUAGCCCGUCUGCAAAAAGCAGUACUUCUGUACAGACCACUUCUUGGGUACAAGCUUCCAGCAGCUCACCCAAUGUUUUGAGCCCCUCAUCAAUGACCACAAGAACCAGCGUGAAGGUCAGCAGCAACUCUCCCAGCUCUUCCUCAAUCAGAGCUAGCAGUUCGUCGAAGAAAGCCAAGGCCCCACCACCUACACACACUGCUGUGAUGCAGGCCAAUAAACCAUUACCAGUUUCAAGCUUGUCGCCAAUGUUUCAAAUGAGCCAUUCACCUGCAACGAAAACGUGUGCACGUCCGGCUCACAAGUCCCCUGAAGCUUACUGGCUCGAUCAACAAGAUCACUACCAACAUGGUGCUGGAUUUGCACCCUAUGCCAAGAAGGGGGAUUAUCCAGUGUACCGAAAUGUGAUGGACUACUCCGUGAUCAAUGAUGGGACUGGAAACCAGACGCCGAGGCUUCAAAAGGCUAUUGACGACGAUGGAGCUGGAGGUACGCGAAAGGGACAAGGUGUAGGCCGCUAUCCCGCCCAGGUCUAUCUGCCAGGAGGCGUGUAUCAACUUGGAAGCACCCUCAGUCUCACCGUGGGAACCAUCAUCGUUGGAAACCCUCUUAACCCACCUGUGCUAAAGGCCGCAAAGGGAUUUGAUGGUGAGUAUCUGGUCAUGGGCUAUGACUCACACAACGGAAACCCAGAAACUAGUUUCGCGAUUGUUAUGAAGAACGUAAUUUUGGAUACGACAGCUCUGGAUCCCAACCGCCACUUCACUGCUCUGCAGUGGGGUGUUGCGCAAGGGUCAGGAUUGACGAAUGUGCAAAUUCGCAUGCCAUCUAUUUCGACUGGCCACGUUGGAAUCGAUAUCAAUGCUGGUUCCACAAUUGCUGUUACCGAUGUGAACAUUGUGGGUGGAGCCAUUGGAAUCAAGAACUCUAAUCAGCAGGUCAAUUUCAAGAACAUUUCCUUCAAAUCUUGCGGCACAGCUUUCUCCGCCGCUGGUGGCUGGACAGUCCUCAUCCAACAAGCAUUAUUCGAUGGCUGUGGAACAGGUGUCGACAUGACUGGAAAUGGCUUAGGCAGCCUCGUGCUACUAGACUCUACUUCCGUCAACACUGGACCAGUCAUUCGAUUCUAUGAUUCGUCCCACGACUCAGGCAGCCAGAACAGCCAGUUUCUCAUUCACAACCUCAACCAUGAUACAGCAAACGCUAUUGCAGUUGACUCCAAUGGGAAGGUUGCUUUGGCCGCCACUCCCCAUGUUGACACCUGGGUUUGGGGCACUGUUGUCCCCGAGCACUUUGAAACGGGCGCAAAUUGGCACACAAAGCGUCCUGCGCCUUUAUUGGCUAAUGAUAAAUACUUUAUCAAGGCCCAGCCAACGUAUCAAGACUACAGCAAGGAAGAUGUUGUCAAUGUCAAGACUGUAUCGGGUCAUGUAGUUCAAGGAGAUGGCCAAACCGAUGACACCAAGAGUCUGAAUGCUAUCCUUGCCGAGAACGCGGACUCUUGCAAGAUUACUUACAUCCCAUAUGGUGUCUAUCGUGUAUCUGAUACUAUCUUUGUGCCGGUCGGAACACGCAUCGUUGGAGAAGCGUGGUCUGUCAUCUCGGGAUACGGCGACAAGUUCAAGGACUCCGACAAGCCCAGACCCGUUGUGCAACUUGGCAAUCCCGGUGAUGUUGGUCUUAUUGAAAUUCAGGAUAUGCGUUUCUCAGUGGGCGAGAUCCUACCUGGUGCAAAGAUCAUUGAGAUCAACGCCGCUGGUAACGAGCCUGGUGAUGUCGCACUCUGGAAUACCAUGGCAUUGAUUGGCGGUACCGCCGACACAAGUAUUGCUACUGCCUGCACAUCGCAAGAUCCAAAGAACUGCAUGGCUGCAUUCAUGGUUCUGCAUCUCACUGAGAGCUCAUCUGCAUACAUUGAAAACUUCUGGGGUUGGACAGCCGACCACAACCUCGACAGCCAGUCCCUUCUCACCAUCAUCUCCACCGGUCGGGGAAUUCUUGUCGAAGCUACCAAGGGCACGUGGCUGACGGGGACCGGCUCCGAGCAUCACUGGCUUUACAACUAUAAUUUCCACAAUGCCCAGAACGUCUAUGCUGGACUUCUCCAAUCGGAAACGCCAUAUAUGCAGGGACAGGGCGAGUACCAAUCAGCUCCAGCACCGUGGUCUGCCAUCGCAAAGUACGGCGACCCCGACUUCUCAUGGUGUGCUGCAGACGAUCAAAAGUGCCGUACUUCUCUUGCUACUAAUGUCGAUGGUGGAUCAGACAUCGCUCUCUACAACUCUGCCGCAUGGGCCUUUUUCGACGGGUACUGGAACGGUUUGUAUAAUGAGCCUUGCAAUGGAAACUGCCAAUCAAACAUGAUGCGCGUCACGAAUAACCCUGAGAACCUCGUUUGGUACUCCAUCAGCACGCGCAUGACGGACGUCAUUGUUCUCGAUGGGAAAAGUAACCCUCGUGAGUCAAACCACAAAGGUGGAUGGGAGGCCAUCAUUCAGGUUUAUGGGCAGUUCACAUCUUGA